AUGAGUCUUGCUAUUCCUCUCCCUAGCCACGGCUACAUGGUUGAGACCCACCCUUAUGCCGCUCCCCUUUCUUCCUCUGCUUCCUCUUCCACCUCGUCAGUAUUCUCAGACGCUGCGUCACAAGCGUCCAGCGCAAGCUCCACAUCGUCUCACUCAAACUGGGACUCAGAAGAAUGGAGUCGCAACCAAGUAGCACCGCCGACCUCGGUCGACCCUGCAACCUUGUCAGCUUUCCAGCCCAUCAGCCGAGUUAGCACAUAUCCUCAGUAUCAAUCUGCAGUAUGCCGGGAGCCUGCACAGGAGAGGUUACCUUCCCUGCGCACCGAGCUUCUGGCCCCACUGGAGCAACGACAGAAUCCUCGUCGAUCGUCGGCAGCUGUAAACCAAAAGGCCCCACCCCAAUUGGUACGGCAAUCCGAUCGAAAGGUCAACUUCGUCGAUUGCCUCGUCGAUUCUGCCACCCAGAUGGUUGAGGUUAUCUGGCAACUUUCUGAGCCCAAGAGCCGCUGUGAGAAUGCCUCUGGACGCGGAGUACUUCCCCUCCGCAUGUUCAUUCAGGAGACACUUCGUCGCUCUCGCACAAGCUACUCUACGCUCCAAGUUGCCUUGUACUACUUGAUCCUGAUUAAGCCUCAUCUGCCUAAGCAUGACUUCACCAUGUCCCAGCCUGAAGAUGCAUCCCUUCGUGCGCUGCAGUGUGGUCGUCGCAUGUUCCUUGCUGCGCUCAUUCUCGCCUCAAAGUAUCUGCAGGACCGCAACUACUCGGCUCGCGCAUGGAGUAAGAUUUCUGGCCUCAAGGUCUGUGAGAUCAACACCAACGAGAUGGCUUUCCUCGAGGCUGUCAACUGGAAACUCCACAUUGUUGACUCGGUAUGGGAGAAGUGGCAAGAAGUUGUCUUGAGGCACACUCCUACUCUUCCACCGCCAUCACCUGGCGCUCCCAUUCCCAACACUUGGAAAGACGUCAUCCCUGUCUUGACGCCUGAGUUGGACAUCAUCCAGGUGACUCGCAAGGCACCCAACACUCCUGUGCGUCCUCCUCUGAGGCCACAGCUGAACGCGUCGCCUUACCGCACUCCGUCGCUCGAUGGUUACGGAUCCCAGGAGAGCACACCAACUCCGUCGCGCUACCAAGUGCCUCGCUUCUUGGAGCCGAAGCCUGAUCUUCCUCACACUCCAUCGCUGCCAUCACUGGCUCGUUUGGGUCCUUUGCCGACACCGUCUUUGACGCCGCAAUCCAUUACCAGCAACACUCCUGCAGCGAGUGCCAUGGCUUUUGGAUCAUCGCGACGCACAUCAAUGUGCUCGGCAAUGCAACAGGCACAGUGCUCGUCAUUGGCGCGCACCUGUGUCGACCAGUUCAACCCAAGCGUCAGGAAUGGAUUAGAAGCGUAUCACUUCCCAACCCGACGACCUUCCCUGGCUCCCUCCAACUCAUCCCUAUCAUCCUCUCCAGAGUCAAUGAUCUCGGACAACUCGCGCACUUCUCGUGCUUCGUCAAUCUCGUCGGUCUCAUCUGCCGGCUGGGCGCCAACUCAAAAUCAGGCCAACUUGGCUCGAUUGGCGACCUGUCGCAGCGCGAGGCUUCCGUACCCUGUAUUGUCCAAGUGCAAAGAGCAGUACGAGUAUGCUCCAAGUGAGGCCAUGUCCUCACCUGAUCUGGACAGCUUCCAUAUUGAUGAUUCGGAUUCUUCGCCAGGCAAGGUUGAGAGCCCUGCGUUUGUCGCUCCUGCGAGUCGUAAGCGUGGAAGGUCUUCAGUCGACCUCCAGCAGAACGUGCGUCACUUGCUUCACAGCACUCGCUCCGCAUUCGACCUCCGUGCUCAGAAGCCUGUGCUCCCUGAUAGAUCAGUGUCACACUCAUUCGCCUUCUCAUCGCGCAGUGAACCCAAAGGGCUGCAGUCCCCCAAGAACACUGUUCCUUACUGCUCGCGUCUUCCCAUUCAGAAAGACUUUGGCAAGAAGCGAUCGUGCUGCAGUACUGAGGUUGCACAAGCCUUCCGCCCACAAGGUCCAGGCAUGUGGGCUGGCAUCCUCUAG